GUUUUCCUCAUUGCAGAGGGUACAGUAUGCCCAAUCUCUUUCGUGAAGGAUGUUCUGUUUCCAUAUGCUCUGAGGGUACUUCCGGAGACAGUCGAGGCACAAUGGGAUAGCCCGGACUUCAAGAAAUACCGGGACGCAUUUCCACCAGAGUACGCGUCAUCUCAGGAAGCUUUCCAGGCGCACGUUAUAGACCUAAUCGCCCGAGAUGUCAAGAUAUCCUACCUGAAGAGCAUGCAAGGUUAUUUAUGGGAGGAAGGUUACAAGUCCGGGGAUCUAAAGGCCCCGCUGUUUUCGGACGUACCGCCGAAGCUCGCAAGAUGGCACGGACAGGGACUCAAGAUCAUGAUCUACUCGUCGGGCUCUGUUCCGGCGCAGAAGCUGCUCUUCAAGCAUACAAACGCGGAACCGUCUGAUCUCACAUUCCUGAUCUCUGAUUGGUUCGACACGGUGAGUGCUGGGUUGAAGUCUGAGACAGCGAGCUACAAGACCAUCCUCAGCAAGCACCCGGAGUACCUCCCGAGCCAGUGGCUGUUCCUAAGCGACAACAUCAAGGAGGUGGAUUCUGCCAUCGCGGCCGGGAUGCAGAGCAUGGUUGUUCAGCGACCCGGCAACGCUGAUCUGCCGGCCGAAGUCUCUGAACGGCUGCAAGUCGUGGAGACGUUUGAC